GAAAUAAAGGUCUGCGAGGAGCCACUGCUAACCCAGGAUAUCCAGGCCUGAAUGGACCCCCGGGCAUCGAAGGGGUCCCAGGACCCCCCGGGCCCUAUGGACCACCAGGACCUCCAGGAUCGCCCGGACGCUCAGGACCACCAGGAUACAUCGGGUUCCCCGGAGAAACCGGAGAUCAGGGUGACCUGGGAUGUGCAGGGACAGAUGGAGAACCCGGUCACCGAGGAUGUACCGGAUCCAAAGGUGAUGAGGGAGACUCAGUUGGUGUUUUCGGUCCGCCUGGAGACAAGGGGCCUCCUGGAGACUUCGGUGCACAAGGAGCUCCUGGACUUCGAGGAGAUCCUGGAAGAGCCGGUUUCUCUGGGGAUUCAGGAGAGAGAGGAUGUAAAGGAGAUCCAGGCGAUGGCGGGGAUCUGGGCCCACCAGGUGUGGUCGGCCCCUCCGGUCCCAGAGGUCGUCCGGGUCUUCCAGGUCUUCCAGGUACAGCUGGUGCUGACGGUCCUCCAGGUCCUCAAGGCUUCCUGGGACUCCAAGGUCCUCCUGGUCCGCUGGGGCUGCACGGACUGGAUGGACUGAAAGGUGUAAAGGGGGACAUGGGAACCAGAGGUUUGGGUGUUCCAGGACCUCCAGGAUCCAAGGGUCUUCCAGGUGAUAAAGGUCCUACAGGUCCUUCGGGACCCUAUGGUUCAUCCCAGCCCGGCCCACCAGGACCCCGGGGCCCUCCAGGAGCCCAAGGACCACCGGGGGGGCUGGGUCCUAAGGGUACAUCUGGACCGGACUGUAAAGCUCCGAUCCCGGGGCCUCGAGGAGAACCUGGGUGUGCCGGGACAGAUGGAGAGCCAGGAUGUGCUGGUGAGACUGGGGAACCAGGUGAGAACACUCCGGUGCCUGGAGAUGACGGAGAGAACGGGGACACAGGCUGCCCGGGGCCAAAGGGCCAAAUGGGAUCUCAGGGGCCCCCAGGACAGCCAGGGCUCUCUGGGAAUCCAGGAGACAAAGGUAUUCAGGGGUCUUCAGGUCUGAUGGGACUGCCAGGAACUCGGGGGCCUCAAGGUUUUACGGGUCCCGGAGGGUUUCCAGGACCGAAGGGAUCUUCUGGUCCGGUGGGUCCAAAGGGGGAGCAGGGCCGCGUGUCCCCCUGCCCCACGUACCCCCCCUCCACCCAGGGGCCCUCAGGGGACCCCGGGCCCCCCGGGACACCUGGAGAUAUCGGCUUUCUGGGAGAAAUGGGUCGGACCGGCCCCAAAGGUAGAAAGGGGGACCUGGGUCCUGAGGGUCCAACAGGCCCUGGGGGGUCUUUAGGUCCAGAUGGAGACCGAGGAGAUCUGGGCCUUCAGGGGGAGCGAGGAUCAGUAGGAGGGAAAGGUGAUCCCGGGCCAAUGGGUGACCGCGGACCCUCCGGACCCCCCAAGCAGGUGAACUCUGGCUUCAUGUUGGUGAUGCACAGCCAAUCAAAGCUGAUCCCCACCUGUCCAAUCAACAUGAGGGUCCUGUGGGUGGGAUACAGCCUGCUGUACCUGGAGGGGCAGGAGAAGGCGCACACUCAGGACCUGGGUCAGGCGGGCUCUUGCAUGAGGGUCUUCUCCACGAUGCCCUUCUCCUCCUGUAACAUGGGCACCUGCUCCUACGCCAGUCGAAACGACAAAUCCUAUUGGCUGUCGACCACGGCGGCGGUGCCCAGCUUCCCAGUGGGCGGAGCCUCCAUCGAGGAGCACAUCAGUCGGUGUGCUGUGUGUGAAGCCGCCUCGUCUCCAGUGGCUCUGCACAGCCAGAGCUCCUCCCGGCCCGAAUGCCCCCCGCGGUGGAGGAGCCUGUGGAGCGGUUACUCCUUCCUAAUGCAUACGGGAGCAGGGGAUGAGGGCGGCGGCCAGUCUCUCACGUCCUCAGGAAGCUGUCUGAAGGACUUCAGAGCCCAACCCUUCGUGGAGUGCCAGGGGCCCCGAGGAACCUGCCACUACUUCGCCAACAUCUACAGUUUCUGGCUGACCCGCGUGGAGGCCUCCGUAAGCUCCGCCUCCUCCGACAGCGCCUCCUCCACGCUGAAGGAGAGCUGGCAGCAGAGGGAGAGCAUCGGGAGGUGCAACGUCUGCAUGAGGGAAUGAGGAGGAGGAGCUUAUCGCUGACAACCAAUCAGGGCAGUUUCUAGCUGUUUGGGGGCCCUAUUCAUCUCAAACUACAAUGGGGGGAUUCUGAAGCCUUUAAGACAGGGGUGUCCAAACUACAUUUGAAUCGGCCCUCAGCUAAUUCUGAAAGUAUAAUGUAAUACUGCCCACAAAUGAAACUAGGGCGUGUCUUGUAUUGUACUUCUUAAAUAUAUCUGUAAACAUAUAUUACACAGUAGUAUUCAUGUGUUAAUGAGACACUUUCAGUCAAUUGAAGUUGAAAAUAUGUUCUAACAAAUCUAAGCUGAUAAGAAAAAAGCCCAAUAACUUAUUUAAAUAACAACCUUGAAAUAUACCCUUCAAAUGUCCUCUGACCAUAAUCACUCUGAAGCUUCUGCUUCAAGGGGUGCGCUGCUAGCACAAUAGGCUGUUGUAUCAAGCAUCAUUGACUUACAUUAGAUUGAUUUAGCUAACCUAUAACUUCCCUUAUGAGGCAGUAAACCUCACCGUUAGUGAGCGGCCCUGCCCUUCGAAUAUUUGUCUCUAUGUGAAAAGAGUUUGGACCCCCCUGCUUUAAGAGGAUCUGUGGAGACGCAUCAAUCUGUUACACUUUCAGAGGAAAACUAAUUUCACGAAAACCAAGCAAUUGAAACGUAUUAAAAAGGUAAACAAUAAGGCUCCUGUACGUCAAUACAUGCAAGGGAUGCAGCAUCAUUUACAUUGUUCAUCUUCCUCAGACGUCACUCAUUGGCUGACAGCCCAACGAUGAUUUGGACGUUAUCACCCCACACACAAGCUGUCGUUGCAGUUUCGUCGUGUUUAUAUCCUACAUUAGAUUGUUAAGCAUAUAACGCUUCACCGAACACAGGAGGGGGCUCGGCUGUCUACAAAGAAAGACGGCUCAUUUGAAUUCUCCCCAAAUGUAUUGAGGCUGAACCUGAACGUGCAGCUUGGGGGCAUCCGCAUAGUCCGCCUAUAGGAAGGAACGGCCCGGCAGCCAACCAAUCAGAGCUGUUCAUCAGGAGAGCGCAGACUGCUUCAUUCUGUCGUUACAGAGGACACUGAGCGGUCGGUUUCUUCAUGUUUGAUCUGCAACUUUUACACUUGAAUACGAACUCUACGGGAUGAGAUAUGUACGGAGGGCGACAGGUGCAGACGUGCUACAACGACCCAAAUCUCCUCGAUCAGGAGAAACGCUGCAGCUUCAGAAAGGAUGCAGAUAUAAAAACACAAGUGUUCCACAUGAAGAAACAUCUUCAGCAACAACACCUGCAGCGUCUAGAGAACAUCCAGCAGCUUGAGGAGACAUGGCAGCGUUUAGAGAACAUCCAGCAG